AUGAAUCUCGCUGUGAGAUUUGACGAAGAAAACAUGCCGGCGCCGGCGUCAUGUAUGAGCGCUGAGCAUGGCUGCGUUAUGUUCGACUGUUUGGUGCAUUUGUGGGAAUGGAUCGAUCCACCGGUGACACAGACGGACUAUCAGAUGGAGAAUAAAAAAAAUGUAACAGCGACCCAACAGCCGGUGACGCAGCAACAUCUCAUGGCGCAUCAUGUCCAUCCUGACCAGAUAUAUUCACCCCAACAGACGCAGUUACCCACACUCGUUAAUAAUCAGGCAGCGCAAAUCCAACAGAAUGGCGUCAUGCAUCAACUAUUACAAAGCCAAUAUCACUCGAAUAUGAAUGCACGAUCGCCACUCCUUGAAAACAAGCACGAGAUGUAUGGAACUGGACAUAAUCACGACUAUGUUAGACAUUACGGGGCGAAUGACAAUUAUAAUUAUCCGCAAUCACCGCCCAGAAUUGAAAGAACCGAGAUUCACACAGAUCACAACGUAAAUCACGAACUGCUCCAGAAUAUGCCUAAAGGUUACAACGCUGAAGUAUAUCAAGAUUAUAUGAAACGAAACCCACCGAAAGAUAAUAACCAAAUAUAUCAAAACCAUCAACCUAUGUAUAGACCUAACAUGAACCAGUACGGUUCCAAGCCGUAUCUUCCUUAUUCAAACAGAAUAGGGCCCCAAAGUAACACGGAAUUAUUGAGGAGGCAGUAUAAUGAAAUUCAACAGAUGAAAAUGCAACAACAGAUGCAUUAUCAGAAUCAAGCUCAGAUGCAUCAACAGCAAAAAUUCGCUGAACGACAACUACUACUGCAGCAAAUUCAUGGAGUACAACCGCCACCGAAUUUGCAGAACAGCAUUUAUUCGGACAGUUCCUACAGAGAUUUAGAUCGAUAUAGUAGUAAAAACGACUUCAAGGAAUACAGCAGUAAUGAUAUACAACGAGAUAUGGAGAGAUACGCCAAGAACUAUGAUUACAACGACAUGGACAUACAAAACAGACAGUAUCAGGAGAAUCAAUGGCAAACAAAUCAUAACGAUUAUAGGGAAUCCGAAAGGCAAAGAUACUCGGAACACGAGAAAUCAAAAAGCCAAUCCCCACCAUCUGACUAUAGCAACCAAAAGACCAAUUCAGGAGUCGUAUCUCCUAUGAAAUCUAGUGAAUCUAGUACUCCCAGUAUAAAAUCCCCUUCAUCUGAUAGUAGGAGAAGUAGUAGCGGCACUCAAGCAUUACGUUCACCGACUGCCCAACGAAUACCGUCAGCACCAGUCACUAUGUCCGGAAUGCUCUACAAACAGGGCUCCGAUGGCCUUAAAGUUUGGAGGAAGCGGUGGUUCGUGCUGUCUGAGUACUGUUUAUUUUACUACAAAAGUCAAGACGAGGAGAAGUUACUGGGCUCCGUAUUAUUACCGUCAUACAAAGUAUCAGCUUGUAGCGCAGAGGAUAAAGUGAUGCGGAAGUUUGCUUUUAAACUGGAGCAUGCGAAUAUGCGUACAUACGUGUUAGCGGCUUUGGACCAGGAAGCCAUGAUGAAAUGGGUGAAGGCGCUUACAAUGGCCGCGUUAAUGCAAAAUACUAAUGAACAGAAACAAAAUGACCGAUCAGCGAAAUCAGAGGAAAGUAAUGAAGAAGCCGGACCAACUUAUGCAAACGCACCACCAAAACCGAGACGAUCCAACGAUGGAUAUAAUUCACCUAGCCCAGAUAUGUACGAUCCAAAUUACGAUCUCCUUAGAAAACCAGCAUCACAAUACAGCCAAGGCACUAGUCACACUAGAACAAACUACAUACAGGAAACAUACCGCAGUCCACAGAAUCCAUUACAAUCUCCAUAUCAAACAAAACGUUCAUACGACAUGCAACAACUGUCACUACCAUUAACAAAUACAACUGAGAAUUUAGACAAUCAAAAUGUAUCUAUAUAUAAAUCUAACCCACAAUCUCCUUAUGAUAAUAGGUUGAGAAACCAACACACUAAAGAGGACGAAGAAAAAAUUGAAAGUCUAUACGAUAAGAAGCCUAAUUACAAUCCAUUCUUACAAGAUUAUUCUGGACAAGAGAGGCAAUCUCAAGACAACGAAGAUGUUAGUCGUGUGACAGCAGAUAUGAGCAAAACAUCUAUAUACAGUGAAAACUAUUCUGAUAACAGAAGCAUUAAGUCACACGAUCCCAAUGUAUACAACAGGGAAAUGUACGGAGAUGUUAAUAUGAAGAAUAAUAAAACUAACACUAAUAUGAACGAACGUACUCCUGAAACGUACGGAAGAACGAACGCAUCAGCUUAUAAUGAGAAAAUAGGAGAUUACGAAGAUAUAUACAGCGCGUACAAUAAUGACAAUGGAAAACUAUUCCCGAAAUCUCCAAAUCCAUCGCAGUCUAGAGAUACUGUUAGUCUCUCCAGUCAUAAGUCACCGCAAGAACAAAAUACGAAUUACGUACAGGAGAAAACUUUCUCUGGACCAUCCGUUCUAAGGAGGAAAAAGAUGCAGGCGAGUGGCAUUCAACCGACGAUGCCGCGACCUCACAGCGCUGACUUUUUAGAAUAUGAAUCCAAAAACGAAGCCCUCAACAAUGCGAUACCAAUAAGAAAAACUAACGAACAAACCAAACAACCGCAACGCCCUAAAUCUAGUUUAGACAUCAAUUCCUAUUACGAUCCGAGUUCAGAUAAAUACUAUUCAGAGGAGAGCUACGCAGAAAAAAUGCGGCAAUCCGCUCAAUACUUACAACAACAGAAUAUGGGUCCCAAAAAUAUACGUAUUCCUUUAGAGAAAUACGCAAGCGGACUGGCUGAGAAACAGCUACAUUCACCGUACAACCAAAAUAACAAUAAUAACUAUGAAACAGAAUUCAACGUCAAUAGAACAAUACGAGAUCAAACGAACUAUGCGUCUAAAAUACAAGACCAUGAAGGAAUGAAUUCAAAUUGGACCUUAAAAGAAAAAGAUCUAGAAAACCAGAAGGAAUAUUUAAAUAGAAGUGGCAGUGUUAUGAGCGAUGGUUCAAAUGUUAGUGCUAUCAUAAAAGAUUCUAGAUUCGAUCCCAGUUCCGAAGGUUUCAUGAGAUCAGCAAGCGCCAGACUGCCGUCGGAAAGAGACAGAGAUAAAAAAGUGCAACAGCGCGAGGAAUCUAUGAAAAGGCUUUUAGAAUGGAAACAGAGGAUGUUACAAUCGCCUCUAACAAGGAAAAGUACGCCAGCGACUAUCUCUUUAGCAAGAUCCUUGAACCAGAGCCGACAAUCGUUGAGAUCUGAUCAAUAUAAACCCAAGACAUAUAAGAACGCUUCAUACAACAGCUACUCUUCAGAUGAUGAAGAAGAAUCACCGGGCACUGAACUGCAAAAUAUGGGAAAUAUGCAGGCAGGAAGGUCCGAUUUAAUAAAUAUCACAUGUCCUACCUUAAUGCAGACAAGUCCUCCGCACGCUGUACAUUCAAAUAUAUUAAAUGAUAAAACCGACAUGACCGAUAACAUUGUCGAAAACAUUACCAAAGAUAUAGAAAAUACGUAUGAGAAUAUUUUAUGUAGUGGCGAAAUGACCAAGACAGAAGUCUGUGAUAAUAUUGAAUUAGAAGAUGAAGUUGAAACUAUGAAUAACACGGAUUAUAAUUUAGAAAAUGCUGUUGAUGUUGAUGAAGGUGGUUAUGUGACAAAUGACAGCGAAGCAGAAUCAGAAACACAACUAGAAUAUACUGAUAAUGAUUUAGAUGAAGUGUUAUUAGAAUCUGAUAUUGAAGUUGAAGAUGCAAAAGGUAAUGUGGCUGAAGUGAAAACAGUAUCUACAUUGGAAGAAACUUUUGACAAGGUUGAACCUGAACAACUUCCUGCUCGACCAUUUGGAGAAGAUCAUUACUUGCCUAUGAGUCCACGCAAAAUGUCAGCUAUAGAACCAGCUCACAAGACAAUAAUAGAUAAUUUGAGUGAUUAUGAGCAUGCCUCCAAACAAAAUUAUGAAGAUAAUCACUACGUUGAAAUGAAUUUAGGCACUGAUGAUGACAGUAUGCAAACUUACGAAUUGGUCUGUGUCAAUAAUGGAAGAGUUGAGCCAGUUUACAUGGAACUAAAUAAUAUUGUACCAGAAAAGAGUAAUACAGAAGAUACAAGUAAAUCAAAUAGUUUAUCAGAUACGACAUCACAUUUUGCAGAUACAAAAGAACAAACACUUAAAAGAAUAUCCAAAGGAGAUAAGAAUGCAAAAGAAAAAUUGGAGUUUUCUGAUGUUGAAGAAGAUCCGAACAGUUCAAAACUUUCUCUUGAUUCACCAUUUAGUAGAUUCAGUAUUUCUGAUACGUUUAGACCAGCGUCUUAUUAUUUGAGUGGAAGUAGAACCAUUUUGGAUAGACAAGAUAGUUCAGACAGUGACAUUCCAUCAUCAACACCGAUAUUUAAUUCGCCGUCCGAGGAUAACUUACUCGAUGAGGAACUUUCACGUUAUAUUUUGGACAAAUUAGACAAAUCAGAUAUUUCACAAGACAAUUCAAUUAUAAAAAUGUUGACCAGUGAGAACCAAAAAAUGAAUAAAAUGAAAAGGAAAACCACGUCUCUUAUGAUUUAUGGAAGUCGGACGUCAAUUCAUGAUACUUUAACUAGAGGAGAAAAAGUUCGUAAUAGUAGAGCAAGUUUGACAAACGAUUUAAAUAAAACGAUCGGAUCAGCGUGUAGUUUGUUGAGUAAUUCAAAUAUAGAACAAAAUGAUCCAAAUAUCACAGAAACAGAAUCUCUUAAAAGUUACAAUGCAGAUAAAGGAUCUUCAAGAUUAUCUAUAGAAUCAGAUGUGAGUAGCAAAUUUGAUAUGGCAACCUCAAAUAUUUCUUCUGAGAUUCAAAGCCUCAUAGAUUCGGAUUCAUUGGUUGACCUUCGCCAUCCAUACGGGUUUCGCAAUUUAGAAGACAUUAAAAGAAGACCGCUAUCAGAUGACUCCUUGUUUGAGUUAACAGAAACAGAAAAUUAUGUUUCCAGUGAAUCAAUGCCUGCAGUUAAUCUAGAUACAUAUUUACAAAGAUUACAAGAAGGCACUAGUGACUCAAGUUUAAAUAAUGAUAACGAUUACUCUAAUAAUAAUAGGAAUAAAGAAUUUUUACAAGAAAACAAUCUACUAUUGGACCGUAUUCACACGGUAGUUUCACACACUAGAUCCUCAAGUACUCCUGUUAAAAGUGCUGCAAAAAAUUCGGAUAAAAAUAGUUUGGGAGCUCGUCAUAAAUAUACCACGGAUCAUGGAUAUGAUUUUGCAGAUUCACAAAGUUCUUGUAGUUCUACAGGAAUACCUAAAUCUCCUACAUCAUUUUAUAGAAAGAACUGUCAUGAAAACACCUUAAUGAGAAAAAAUCUGAACAGUGAUGUUCUGGUGGAUAAAAUAAAAGAAUUCGACAAAGAUAAGCUGGCCCAAAGAACUGAUAACGGAACUUCUUCUUCAUCUGUCACAACUGGCUUUCAUAGUAGAGAGAGCUCCACGGAACAUAGUGCGCCAUACUAUUAUUCAGAUCUAUCUUCUCAAGAACACAUUAACGUUUUGCCAACUUCACAUUAUUUAAAAAAGACUAAUAUCCAUCGUAAGCUCAAUAAUCAAAGACGAAGAGGUCCGAUGCACAAAAAUAAUGAAAUCAGCCACAUAAGAAAUCCAAUUCGUAAUAAUCAAGUAUCAGAUCAACAAUUCGACUUAGUCGCAUCAGCGAGGAGUGUGUCAGUAGAAUUUUUAAGUGUGGUUGAAAAGAAUCCAGAUAUAGAUCUCAAAAAUAUAUACGUAUCAACGGGCGGUAAAACAUCUAAAAUACCCGAAUCAUUGAGUUUAAUAUCUAGUCUUGGAUGUAAAAAUAGUACAAAGAAAAAGAAUCUGAAUUUAGAUUUAUUAGAAGAUGCAAACAUCUCCAACCAUAGCAAUGUGAACACCUCUAUACCAGUUUCUUCCGAGAGUAUGUCAUCACACUGUAGUGGGAAUUCCUCAAACACUGUUUAUUAUGACGCCGAAACAGAAGCGAAUGCAUACGAAAACGUGUUGUAUCACGGAGAGAAACACUGGGAUGAAGAUAUUAUAUGGAGAGAUAAUUUAAGACGUGUAUCGCAUAGACACGCAAGAUCUAUGGAUGAUUUGGAUACAAUGCCUACAGAUAGCGUACAGAAUGGAUCGUACGUCAACACAUCUUCAAUGAAUAGUAUUAAACGUAUCAAGAAAUGUAGUCCCGAUAAGAGUAAAAAGAUUGCUACCUACGUCAAUUGUGAUAUUCAAAGCCUAGUCCAAAGGCGGAAUAUAGAAGCCACUAUUUCUAAAUGUGACGAAAACGAUGAGAACGAUGUGUAUGUAAGUCUAGCGAACGAUUCCGAACUACCUGAAUCUAUAGAAGGUGUCUAUGAACAGCUAGCUAUCGAUACUAGUGAACAGUCGCGUAAUAAUAAUGAAAAAAAUAGAAAGAAAUUUGAAAUUGAUAGGGAAAAUCUUAGACAGUGGGACUUAAUGUCUAGUGGUCUUAUGAAAGAUAAAAAAGGACGCGUGCGGAGUACCGUUGCAAGUAGGGACAAUAGUGAUGAACACCGUAUAAUAGAAAAUGGUACUGAAAGUACAAGCAAUGAAGGUAUCCUAUAG